CGGUCUUCUCUCUUUCCUUCACUAUCUAUCUACAUAUCUACAGCAGUAAGCCACGUGGGCUCGAAGACCUCCCAUACACGGCGCAUCAUAUGCCCCUGACCGCUUUGCCAACGCUUCUCGACACGCGCCCACCGCAUCGAUCCGUGCAACCUCAAUUCGAAGCUCGUUCCUAUAACCCCUCACCUCCAUCUCCAUCAAUUCCUCUUCUACCAAUUUCAUCUACACUUUAAACUUAUUAUCAUCUGCUUACUAUCUAUCACUACCAUUUUCCAUCCCAAAAAUUCUUAUCGGUACUCAAGAUGCGCCUCAAAUCCCUCAUCACCCGUAUCACCCUCACCAACCCCUUCCUCAUCCCCCUCGCCUCCCCAUCCCCCUCCCCCGCCGCGUCCUCCGCCGUCGACGGGCCUGCGCCCACGCCCACCUCCGGAAACGAGUACUGGUGCUGGCUCUCCCCCGUCUGCGUGAGCGCGUACAAGUCCAUCCAGACCUGCUACAACACCAUCGGCGGGCUCAUCGACCCCAACGACUCCUCCCAAGCCAAAGCCGCGCAAUCCUGCCUCUGCGACCCCGCCAACGCCGGGAAACUCGACCGCGAGACCGAAUUCGACGCCUGCCAAGCCUGCUUCCGCGGCGCGAACCCGCGCACCGACGAGGAAUCGCUCGAGGAGUGGGAGUACGACGUCGCGGGCUUCUGCGAGACUAAAGACCCGUCCUUCUACCUCCUCCUCGCGCAAAUGCUCAAGUUCAUGGCCGUCGCGCACACGCCCGGGCCGUACACCGCCGCGCUCACGGGGCCCAUCACGGUGGUGACGACGCUGGCGGAUAGCUUCACGCCGCGCAGCGGGCUGAACAACCAGGGGACGGCGGAUACUCCGAGCCCUAGCACUUCCGCCCCGCCUGCUCCUCCUCCUCCGCCCCCUGAGCCAUCAACGCCGAGUCAGGCGCCUGCGCCCGCUCAAACGCCCACGCCCACACCCACGCCUACGGGGAUCAAGACGCCGAAUGCCACAGGCACCGGCACGCCGAAAGCUAGCGCCACAUCAGUUUCUGGAACUGCGGCUGGAAGUGGAAGUGGCACUAGCACGCCCACCGGAGCCAGCGACGGCGCAGACGCAGUGAUCACCCAAACCCGCUCGCUGAUCUACAACCCCUCGCUGCUGCCCUCGCUGCUGCCCUCGUUCUGGACCCACUGGCUGCGGCCCGGCCGGUGGGCGGGCCAGCACCAGGCCGCGGUCACCAUCACGGCGGCGGACGGGCGGCCGAUGCUGGUCGUGCAGGCGCCGGCGGGGGGCAGGUGGAGGGGGGCGAUGGGGGGGGAGAUGGAGAAGAGGGCGAACACCGGGAUGGGGAAGCCGUCGGGGGCGGGGCGGGUGAGUGUGCGGGAGAGUGUGGUGGGGCGGGUUGCGGGUGGGGUUUUGAUGGGGGUUGGGGCCGUUGGAGCUGUGGCGGUGGUGGCGGUGGGGAGGAUGGUUGGGUGAGAAAAGGGGGGUUUGAGAGGUGGUGGGAAGGAAAUUGUCGUGUCUAAGGUAUGUCUGGGGUCUUGUUUGGAGACGAGGGGCGUGAGGUUGGUCACUGGAGAGUUCAAGAUCUAGGUUUCGUGUUUCCAAGGUCUGGGCUUUUGGGGUUCUGAUGGGCUGUUAGUGAGGCGUUAUGGUCGAGGAGUUUUUGAGAUUGGCUCACUCUUCGGAUGGCUUGUCGAGAAAUUGAGGCUUACUUAGGUCCGUACCAGGGUCUCCUUCUCGAGCUUUCUGAAUUCUGGCAGGUACAUUAGCAAUGCACAGGCUGUAAAGACAAUCAGUAGCAUACUCGUCGGGUUGCUUGUGCAGGUGUCAAGGCUUAUACAAGAAAUAUGUCAUCUUCUUGGAACUCCCCACUCUUCAGCCUGUCCAUAAGCUCGCCCUUCAUUACACCGUGGAUGUAACACUCGCCGACAAGUUUGUAGCAGCCAGAUAAUUGAGCCACGGGUCUUAGG